AUGUAUGUGCCUGUUGUGAUGGUUGCCACUCCGAGGCGCGUCGAUCGUGGGGCAGAUGCAAGGCGUGCCGGGCGUGCCUGGCUUUUCCUGACGGCCCCCGCCCAUCGCUUGAGCUCUCGUUUCGCUCCCACCCACCUUGCUUGGACAGACCCAGCAGAGACACUUCGCCUCGCCACACCCGCUUCUCGCCAUUGCACGCCCAACAGCAGCUCCGCGCAGAACAUCUGCUCAAUCGACGUCGCUGUCUGCCUCCCUCGUCCCGCCAUCUUUCCAGUUCCAUCUCGACUCGCCGCCAUGUUGGUCCGCGGCAGCGCCCUCUGUCGCUUGACGGCUGAUGGCUCCAAAACAUCCCCACACCACUUUCCUCACCUCACCCGCCACCUUCAGAGCGCCCUGCCGAUGCGCAAUGCCGCCAAUGGCUCGUCUACUGCCCGCAACCUGUGGCGUGCCCGCGCAAUUUCUCUCAAUGCCCGUCGCUCCAUGGCCACGACGGCGACCGCAGUCAAGCCCACAGAAACGGUGAAGAAAGCAGUCAAGGCCAAGGCUGCGGCCAGCCCAGCGCCCAAGACGGCCACCAAGAAGGCAGGCUCUACGACCAAGGCAAAGUCUGCAGCGGCUGCGAAGAAGAAGAAGACGACGACGACGAAGACGAGAAAGGCCGCAGCUAAGAAGCCUGCGGCUAAGAAGAAGAAGAAGGUCGCAGCGAAGAAGCCUGCCGCAAAGAAGCGUGUCAAGAAGGAGCUUACCCCGGAGCAGAAGCUCAAGGUGGAGGUUGCACACCUGCGCAAGGUUGCGCUCAGGGAGCCUGUCACACCCAGCUCUUUGAGCGCAUUCAACCUCUACGUGGCCCAGAACAGCCACAAGGCACAGGAUCUGCCCACGGCUCAGGAGCGACUCACUGCGGUUGCAAAGUCCUUCAAAGACCUUUCUCCCGCCGAACUCGAGCAUUACAACCAUUUGGCCGCCGAGAGAACCGCUGCCAAGCGAGCCGAGUACAAGGCCUGGGUCGAGUCCCACACGCCCGAUCAGAUCAGGUUGGCCAACAAUGCACGCCGACUACUGAGAAAGAAACUGGUCAACAAGCGGAAGUCUGGACAUCCUGCUCGCACCGAGAAGCUCAUCGACGAACGUGUCCCCAAGUCUCCCGCGUCUGCAUACAUCCACUUCGUCACAGAGAGAUUUACCUCGGGCGACUUCAAGGGCAUCCCCGUCACCGAAGCAGCCAAACUGGCGGCAAACGAGUGGAAGGCCUUGAGCGCGGGCGAGAAACAGAAAUACAUAGACAAGAGCAAGGCUGAAAGCGAGAGAUAUCGCUCGGCCAUGGAAGCCACGGCUGCGGCCUGA